UCUCUCUCCCUCAUACCAUGUAAAGGGUAUUGAUCCAAAAGUUAUGAAGCCGUUCGAAGAGACGCUGUGCGGAGAAACCAAGCGAAUGGGCACCAUCCUCCUCGGUGACUCCGCAGGGGCGCACUUCCAUCUACCCAAAGAAUGGUUCACUGCUUCAGAACUCAGCUUGGAAGUGUUCAAAGAUGUCGCAAUGAUUGUAGAGAACGAAUUCGACUGGCCUAUGACGUCAGCAAUGACGGGCUACAUGAAUUCGACGUGGUCUGUUUUAACUGGGCCAACUAAUUCGUUGUACCUUCGCCUUCGGGAACUAAACCACUGCAACCAUCGAGACUUCCAGAAUACUGCCGUCAAUGGAGCUGAUAGCGGCAACAUGAAUAGCACGGAUCAAUACGGAAUGUCACGUGAUCAGUCACGUGACCACCCCGCCAUGUUAAUCUAUAGCCUGAUUGGUAAUGACGUCUGUAAUGGACAUAAUGACACGAUCAAUCAUAUGACCACUCCGGAAGAAAUGGCGAAAAACUUUAUAUCAACACUGAAGUAUUUGGACACCAAACUCCCGAACGGGAGCUACGUGAUCGUGACCGGUCUUGCAGACGGUCGAAUACUGUACGAUACCCUCAAGAAUCGAGUACAUCCUAUCGGCGAAUGGCAUCACAACAUCAAAUACCCGGAUGUAUACAACUACUUGGAUUGCCUCGAAGUUUCGCCUUGCAUAGGAUGGCUGUCCUCGAACGAGUCGCUACGCAACUACACCUCAGAGAGGGCCGCAAAUUUGAGUCGAGCUGUAGAGCAGGUGGCCGCCACUUACAAAGCUAAUAAUUUCGAAGUUCACUUCAUCGAAUUCGAUUUUCAAAAAGUGGUGGAUAUUUGGAAUGCUAAGGGAGGAGAAACAUGGCAGCUAAUCGAACCAGUCGAUGGAUUCCAUCCAAGUCAGAUCGCAAUGUCUAUAGCUUCAGAAGUACUAUGGCGGGAAAUAAACCAAAAAAUCCCUGACGUCAUCAAAACAUGGACAAAUCCCAGCAACGCACGUAUCAGAGCAAUAUUCGGUGAUCAGGGCGGUUAUUAGUCAAUGCAUUACUAAUUAUUGGACUCUUGACUCAGGUUUUAUU